UUUUCAUUUCACCCUUUCUCUUUCUCUCUCUUUCCUCUCUCCCUCUCCUCUCUCUACCCACACGACCUCUCUCCCUCUCCUCUCUACCCACACCACCAGCCCAGACGCUCAACCCCACCGCCUUUCCGACCACCGCCAGUUCACUGUCGGCGGCGCAGCCCCGUUUUUCAGGGAUAAGUAGAGUAUCAAAUGGUGGACAAAUGAAAUUAAGGAAGACUAGAAGAUGACUAUGGGGAGAUUUGAGAAGAAGGACAAAGGGAUUAACAUCACUAGCCACUUGACAUGAAUGUCCGUUUUGGAAGGAAAAGAGCACCUUUAGAGUAGAGUUGUUGACUAUAAAGAAUGUCAUGUUUCGGGUGAAGGAAGAAAAAGAAAAGGCAGGUAUUGAAUCGGCGAGGAAGCAAGAAAAAAAAGAACCAAGAAAAAGGGGGAAAAGGUAAAUGGAAGGAAAGAGAUGAGGCAAUCGAAGAGAUUUUGUUUGCGUGCUUUUCUUCCAUUUCCUUAUUAUUUUAGUUGUAGACGUUGUUGUUGAUGCAUUUUCCUUUUUAAAGAUUAUUAAAAAGAAGAAAGCAUUAAAAUGUAACUCUUGAAAGAUAUAGAAGAGAAGUUAGAUCAAUAGUUAUUUAAUAUAUUAGAUGAACAAAGUAAAACUACAUUUUAAGCAUAUCGACAUAAAGAGAUUAAAACCCAUAAAAUAAAAUUAACAAAGUAAAACUACGUUUAAACGAUGUUCCACCUAUAUAAAUUAUAUAUUAUUAUAUAAAACUCAAGUAAUUCUGGGAGAAUAAAAAUCGUAGUUGUUAAAAAAUUAAAGAAAAAGAAUAAAACUAAGUGACAAUAAUCUAAUCCAUUUGAAUUUGAAGACUAAAAAAGAUUUAAAUAUUAUGAUAUGAAAAAAUAUAUUUCAUAAAUUCUAUAAGAAUUUUAUAAUCGCCGAAGCGCGACCAAUUCACUAGUCAAUUCAUGAAGCCUAUGAGUUAUAAUUGGACUAGUUUAAGCUGAUUGAUAACCUGGGGCGUUAAUCCAAAGUAGUUAAAACUAAAAAAAUGUAGAGAGGAGAAAUCUUCAAUGAAAGACAUACAAAAAAGAAAUAAGGAUAAAACGACAAUACAGGAACAAGUACAACAAGCAAUGGCUUAAGUGUUAGGGAUGACACCGAAGGAUUUGCAGAUCAGACUCACCGCUACAAACCCUAAAACACCAAUGGGAGAGGGAGCUGUGCCAAAUAGGGGUAAGGAAAAGAUGGACACACCGGAAAAUUGGCCUGCACUACCAACAAGCACAGUAAGCAGCAGUGGAAAGGGAAACACAGGCGGGACUAUGAAUAUCAGUAGUGCACAUCAAGUAGCACCUGAGAUGAGCACACAAAUGGCAAGCCCAAUCAGUACGAACACAGCGGGGGCGAUGGGUGCCCAGACAAAACUACAGAUGGAGACAGGGAAGGCAGGAGACAAACCAUGGACAAACCUCUUCGAAACUAAUAAGUUAGCAGGGAGAGGUAUGUCACUUACUUUCAUUGCUCCGAAAAUCACUGAAAGGGAAAAGAUAGUAGAAUUAGUACAAGAGGAUAUAGUGUGUGAGACAUUGAAAUGGAAGGCAGCAGCUGUAGUGUACGUGGUAGGUAGCUCCCCAGCAACUGGGGCAAUGGAGAGAUUCAUUAUGGCUCAGGGAGAAUUUGAGAGCAAGCCAAAAGUAUACUACCAUAAUAAGGGUUACUUGUGGUCAGGUUUGCUAAGGAAGAUGAGAAGGAUAUGGUAAUGUGUGUUGGGCCUCAUAUGCUAAAUAACAGACCAAUGAUCAUGAAACCAUGGAAUGAAGAUUUUAACUUUCAUCAUGAGAUUCUCACAGUAAUCCCUCUAUGGGUUAAAUUGCCAAAUUUACCUUUAAACUGCUGGGGAUACACUGCUCUAAGUAAAAUUGGUAGUACCCUGGGAAGGCCUCUAUAUGCAGAUGCUUGUACUACUUUGAACAAUCGAAUCACUUUUGUGAGAAUACUAGUGGAGAUGGACAUAACAGGACCCUUACCUGAUAAAAUUAAAGUCCAGGACCCUAAAGGGAGGGUGUAUGAGCAGAGGGUAUGGUAUGACUGGAGACCAAGCUAUUGCUCAACAUGCCUGCAAGUUAGGCAUGACUGUGCAAUGAAACAAACCCAUAAAAAACUAGCUGAACCAAAAAAUGACCCCCCACUAGACCCAAAAGAAAAACCAAAGACCAGAUACUACAAACAAAGACAAGAAUGGAAGCCAAAUGGAGACAAUUAUGACAUACCAAAAGAACCAUAUAGGAAGGAAGGGGACAAGGGAGAUGCAGGUCCUUCCUCAAGCAUACCUCAGCCAGUACCAGAGAAUAGCUGACAAAGGGUAGAGGGGAAAACAACUCAGAGGAGGAGGCAGAGCCAAAAUAAUAUAGACAAAACAAGUGAACAAGCAAUAGGGGAACAGGGGACACAGAAUAAAAAAACAGUGCAGAUAAGUGCAAAAACUACUCAAGGUGCAGGUAACAAUUCACCAAACAAUUAGGUAGUUUUGGACCAAGAUGGUAGAACCAAAGAAGGACAACAAUAUAGGCAAGAAGGGGCCCAAAAAUAUCCAAAUAUAUGAUGAUAGUGACCUGGAAUGUAAGGGGGUUUAAUAAUGUGGUUAAACACAAGGAGAUGAAAGAGUUCAUUAGGAGAAAUAAAGUUAGUCUUAUAGCUAUUGUAGAACAUAGAGUGAAAGAUAGGAAUGCUGCAAGGAUACUAAAUAAAGCUGCUCCGGGGUGGUCUUGGUGUACUAAUGCUAAUCAGACAACAAGAGGGAGAGUAUGGGUAGAAUGGGACCCUAAUGCUGUACAGUUUGACAUGCUAGAAAGUCACCCCCAACUCAUCCAUGGAAACAUAAAAAGUCAUAGAAGUGAUAGAGACUUCAAGCUUACAACUGUAUAUGGACUGCACACAGUACCAGAUAGAGGUGCACUAUGGGAGAGACUGAAGGAAAUAAAAGGAAUCAUGAGGGAAGAAUGGCUGAUCAUGGGGGAUUUUAACACAAUACUUGAGCAGGAAGAUAGAAUGAAUGGAAGUGAAGUACAAGAAUAUAAAACAAGGGAUUUCAGGAAUUUCAUGGAAGAGUGUAAUAUGAUAGAACUGCUAACUGUGGGAAGAACAUGCACAUGGACUAACAACCAUGUGUAUAGUAGAAUAAACAGGGCAAUAGUCAAUCCACAAUGGAUCCUGAAUAUGCCUCCUAUGCAAGUGCAAAUUUUAGAUAAUGCUUUGUCAGACCAUUCUCUUUUGGCCAUCACAGUUGAAGCACAAAUGGAGAGUGGACAUAAGAUAUUCAGGUAUUAUAAUUGCUUAGCAGAGUAUCCAUAUUUUCAGAGGAGGGUACAAGAGAGUUGGUCAACACAUACAGGGGUGAUGAGAGCUGUAUGGAAAAACCUCAAACAAGUCAAACAAUCCAUGAAGGAGCUAAACAAAGACGAAUUUAUGGGAGCUACAACGAAGGUAUAGGCCCUUAGACAGGAACUGCAAGAAAUACAGAGCCACAUGAGGACUCAUGCGACCCCUAGAAAUAUGUUUGAGGCAGAAAAGCAUAUUAGAGAGAAACUGGAGAAAUGAAGCAACAUAGAAGAGAGCAUUUACAAAUAGAAAUCAAGGAUACACUGGCUAAAACUAGGAGAUUCAAAUACCAGGUAUUUCUUUGCAAGCAUGAAAGGAAGGAAAGCCCAUAAUCAGAUUACAAGUCUCAAUUCCAUCAAUGAGGGUAUCAUAAGAUCCAAUGAAGGCAUAAAAACAGAAGUGAUGGAGUACUAUAAACAACUACUAGGCACUGCAAACAGCACAACACCAGCUAUUGACCCAGGAGUCAUAAGAAAUGGGCCCAGACUAAAUAGGCAGCAACAACUUUAGCUUAUUCAACCCUUCACUAAAGAAGAUGUUUACCAGGCACUCAAAAGUAUAGAUGAUCAAAAGGCUCCAGGAAAUGAUGGGUUUAACUCCCAUUUUUUCAAGAAGACAUGGUCACAUAUUAGGGAACAAGUUAGUAAUGCAAUACUUCACUUUUUUGAGGAUAGUAAUAUGUAUGCCCCUAUUAAUACAACCCUGGUAACUUUGAUCCCUAAAGUAAAGCACCCUGCCACGAUAAAAGAGUUUAGACCUAUAUCAUGCUGUACCAUACUAUAUAAGAUUAUAUCCAAAAUGCUCACUUUUAGGCUCAACCUGUAAUGGAGACCUUGAUAGACAUUGGGCAAAUAGCAUUUGUACCUGGUAAGAUGCUGAAUGAUAAUGUGAUCAUGAGUCAUGAAUUGGUAAAAGGAUACAAUAGGAAGGGUACAUCUCCCAGGUGUAUGAUAAAAAUAGACAUGCAGAAAGCAUACGACUCCAUAGAGUGGGUUUUUUUGGAGCAAGUGCUACAAGGGCUAAACUUUCCUGCUAAAUUUGUCACCUGGAUAAUGACUUGUGCAAGGACAGUUUCAUAUUCUAUACUAGUCAAUGGAUCCCCCACUAUACCUUUUACUGAAAAAAGAGGAGUAAGACAAGGAGACCCACUCUCUCCUUAUGUGUUUGUUUUAGUAAUGGAAUUCCUUACUAGAAUACUAAAGCAACUGAAAAGCAACCCGAAAUUUCAGUACCAUCCUAGAUGUAAGAAGCUGAAUAUUGUUCAGCUCAGCUUUGCAGAUGAUCUUUUACUAUUCUGCAAAGGAGAAGUAAGAUCAGCUGAAUUAUUAUACCAUGCCUUUCAACAAUUCUCUAAUGCCUCUGGGUUAAUAGCAGAUCAAAGCAAAAGCUGUGUGUAUUUUGGUGGAGUACAGGAAAGAGUUCAAACUGAAAUCUUGCAUGUGCUUGGAUUCGCAGUGGGCCAGCUGCCUUUUAGGUAUCUUGGAGUACCUUUAAGCCCCAAGAGAAUAUCUAUAGCACAAUGCCAGCCACUUCUGGAGAAAAUACCAGGCAGAGUGACUUCUUGGACCACCAAGUUCCUAUCAUAUGUAGGAAGACUUCAAUUAAUCAAGAGUGUAUUGAUAGCAAUAAAAUCAUUUUGGUCCCAAAUGUUUCCAAUCCCAAAGAAGAUCAUUCAACAAAUUGAAACACUGUUCAAAAUAUUCCUCUGGACAUUAGGGGUAGAAGCAAAAAAGAAGGCACUAGUAUCAUGGGAAACUCUGUGUUGGCCCAAAAUAGCAGGAGAAAUGAAUCUCAGUGAUAUAUAUGUGUGGAAUAGAGUGGCAAUCCUGAAGCAGCUCUGGAAUCUAAGCAAGAAAAAAGAUACCUUGUGGAUGCAAUGGGUUCAUGCUUAUUAUUUGAGAGGGCAAAAUCCAUGGAAUGCUACUGCCAAACAAGCAUCAUGGAUUAUACAAAAAAUCCCGCAGGCUUCUAAAUGCAUCACAAAUACACAGGUGAGUGUAGAGGGGAUUCUCACAGCCGACAGUUUCUCCAUUAGAGACAUUUAUAAGCAGAUCAGAGGUGAUUACCCCAAGGUAGAAUGGAGCAGAGUUGUGUGCAAUAAUCAAAGUUGUCCAAAAUGGGUUUUCAUCACAUACUUAGCUCUCAAAAAGAGACUGUACACCAGAGACUGGCUGGACUAUUGGGGGAUCCACACUUGUCUACUAUGCCCUUUAUGUGAGGUGGAAGUUGAGAGACACCAGCAUCUAUUCUUCCAGUGUAACUAUUCAACUCAGGUAUGGCAAAAGUUGUUAGCAUGGCAAGGUUGUCCAAGAAUAGCAAGAGGAUGGGAUGAGGAAAUCGAGUGGGUGACUGCCACUGGUGAUACUGCUCCUGGUGGAGGUUCACAGACCAAAGUUGGGGCACAGACCCCUGAGCAGAGACUUACUCGGGUAGCAUACCCCGCUGCAGCUAUGGCUCCCUGUAUUGAUGUUGUACCAGCCUCGGGUGAUGAUCUUAGGCCCAUGGAGGGCACUGUUAUAACCGUGUCUGAUCAGGAUCUUGUUGGGAAGUUCAGGAAGUUAGAGCUGCGAGGUUUUCAGUCCAUCCUCGAGCAUACUUCUUUGGUUGGGGGCGCUAAGACUUGUUCAUUUAGAGGUGGUGGUGACAAGAAACCGCAUCAGAUUGGGAGUUCUGGUGGUUCUAGUUCGAGGGGCGCCGGUCAGUCUUCUAGGCCGUAUCAGCCAUAUUCUUGCCGCCUUGUGCAUUCAGUUUUGCAGGCUUCCCCCAGUGAGCCACCCAAACAGAGAGCUCCCGAGAGUUUGUUUUCUCGACCGGUAGACAGGGUUGUUUCAUCCGGGUCCUUAGCUUCAGGUUAUCAGCCUUCAUCCUCCCUGAUCUGUUUUCGUGUGGAGAGAGCAACAUCUGUGUUAUUUGAUCCUGGAUACAUUUAUUCGUAUGUGUUUGCAUAUCAUGCCGUUGAUUGGGAUUUGCUUUGUGAUAGCAUAGCUAUACCUGUUCAUGUGUCUACUCUGGCAAAGACGUUAGUCAAUAAGGUGUGUUUAGCUUAUUUGGCUCAUGUGCGAGACACAACUGUUGCAUCUCCACCCCUUGAGUCUAUUCCUAUCAUGAGCGAGUUUACAGAGGUAUUCCAGUCUGAUCUGCUGAGUAUGCCACCCGAUCCCGACAUUGAUUUCUGUAUUGACUUGGAUCCGGGCACUAACCCUAUUUUUAUUCCACCAUAUGGGAUGGCACCUGUCUAG